AUGAUUAAUGUUUGCCUAAUUGGCAGUGGUGGAGUUGGGACAAUUGCAUCCCUGGUUCUGGAAAAAUCUAAGCGAGCGAGAGUUACAGCCGUCCUUCGCUCAAAUUACGAUCUCGUCGCAGAGAAGGGCUUUGACAUUGAUUCUAUUGAUCAUGGGAAAUUAUCUGGAUGGAAGCCAUCCUCAAUCGUACGAAGUGUCGAGGACGCUGCAAAAGAGGGGCCAUUUGACUACGUUGUCGUAGCCAUAAAAGCUUUGCCAGAUGUGUACUCGGUCCCAGAUAUCAUCAGACCUGUCGUUACACGCGGUGUCAGUGCCAUUGUCUUAAUACAGAAUGGCCUCGAUAUCGAAAUACCACUAAUCGAGGCAUUUCCGGGGUGUACGGUCAUGUCAGGUGUCAGCCAUACUGGAACACGAAUAACGGGCAACUUUGUCUACCACGAGGAUGGAGAAAAAUUAUUCAUCGGGGCACAUUACCAUUCAGGACUACCGAAAGAAAAGCAGGCCGAGACCACGAAACUGUAUGUUGAAAUCUACGCUGCUGGUGGCCCAACGGCAUGCACCUACGCUGAGGACGUCAUCUUCUACCGGUGGCGGAAGCUCUUCUGGAAUGGCGCAUUCAAUACCCUGUGUACUCUAACUGGUCUCGAUGUGGGAUCUCUUCAGAAGGGUGGUGGGACGGAAACACUUCUUAGACCUGCACUGUUGGAGAUCUAUGAAGUCACGAAAGCUGCUGGCUACAUAUUUCCCGAAGACAUGGUCGAGAGAGCGAUUCGCGAUACUCCGCCUUCGAGUCCUUUCAAGCCAAGCAUGCAGGUUGAUCUGGAGAAAGGAAACCCGCUAGAGAUUGAGCCAAUUCUUGGAGGACUGCUGAAGCAUGCGAAAGAGUUAGGAGUUGUGACACCAAUUUUGAGCACAGCGUACAAGGUGCUUAAGCUGGUACAGUGGAAACUGAUACAGGCCAGGAAAUCGGCAUAG